GUUCUUUCUUAUGUGUGCGUGUGUGUUUGAUGACUGCGGGAAAUCGGCUGCCGUGUUAAUUUGCAAAUAAAUCGAACGAAAAUGGCUAAAAAGAAAAGUGAGGAGCAAGCGGAUGCGAACGACAGCGACUUCAGCGAGGAGCCAAACUUCGAAGAUCCCCCAAACUUUGUGGACAAUAUCAACGAUGACGACUUAUUGGGUGACAUGUUGGCCCAGCGCCCCUCUGAGGCGGAUGGGGUCGAAAGCGUCGUCGUGGUUGACAACAUACCCAAGGUGGAGCCGUCACGUCUUGAGAAAUUGAAAUCUGUUAUCAACAAGCUCUUCUCGCAUUGCGGUGACAUUGUUAAUGUUGUUUAUCCCGUUGAUGAGGAAGGCAAAACUAAGGGCUAUGCCUUUAUGGAGUACAAGCAUAGCUCCCAGGCCGAGGAUGCGGUGAAGAAGCUGAAUAAUCAUCGUCUCGACAAGAACCACACUUUUUCGGUUAAUUUGUUUACCGAUUUCCAAAAGUACGAGAACAUACCGGAGAAGUGGGAUCCACCAACGGUACAGCCUUUCAAGGUGCAAAACGAUUUGUACAACUUCAUCAAUGAUCCCGAUGCAUACGAUCAAUACUGUGUGGCGGCUGAGACUUCGUCAAAUUGCGUGCAAGUAGGCUUCUGGCAGAAUACGUUGCCGGAGCCAAAUGAGUUGGAGACCCGUGAACGUUUCACUGAUACCUUUGUCAAGUGGUCGCCUCUGGGCACCUAUGUAGUUACCUUCCACAAACCGGGCGUGGCCAUAUGGGGUGGUAGCAGUUUCCAGAAGAUUCAAAAGUUCCCGCAUCCUGGCACUCAAUUUGUUGAAUUUUCGCCCUGCGAGAACUAUUUGGUAACAUAUGGACCCACACCAACCGGCCAAAAAAUUAUCAUUUGGGACAUACGCACCGGUGCAGAGAAGCGUUCUUUUGUAGCCGACGGCAUGUCAGUGCUGUCAAUGUUCCGCUGGUCGCAUGACGACAAAUACGUGGCACGCAUGGGCGAUAGCUCCAUACACAUCUAUGAGACACCCUCGUUCUACUUGCUUGAUUUGAAGUCCAUUAAGAUACCCGGCAUACGCGGCUUCUCAUGGUCACCCACGGACAAUGUUAUUGCCUAUUGGGUGGAAGAGCAGAAUCAGAUUCCCGCACGUGUAACGCUCAUGGAGAUCCCCAAGAAGCGUGAAACACGCAACAAGAACCUCUUCCAUGUGGCCGACUGCAAGCUGCAUUGGCAAAAGUCCGGCGAUUAUCUCUGCGUCAAAGUUGAUCGCUACUCCAAGUUGAAGAAGGACAAAAAGGAGCUGGACGUUAAGUUCCUGGGCAUGUUCUAUAACUUUGAGAUUUUCCAUAUGCGCGAAAAGGAAAUUCCGGUUGAUUCGGUGGAAAUACGCGAGCUUAUUCUCGCCUUUGCCUGGGAGCCCAUUGGCAACAAGUUCUCCAUUAUUCAUGGCGAACCAAAUUCGUCUAAUGUGAGCUUCUACGAGGUCAACAAGGGUGUUAAGCCCAGCCUUGUCAAGCGCCUGGAGAAGAAAUCCUGCACGCAUUUGUUCUGGUCACCGCGUGGCCAAUUCAUUGUCAUGGCCAAUUUAACCAUGGGCACAUUUGAGUUUGUUGAUACAACCAAUGAUUAUAUAAUAACUGCAUCGCCGGAUCAUUUCCGUGCCUCUGAGGUGGAAUGGGAUCCAACUGGUCGCUAUGUGGUCACUGGCGUAUCAUCGUGGAAGGUCAAGGAAGACACUGGCUUCAAUAUGUACACCUUCCAGGGACGUAUUAUUAAGCGCACCAUCUUAAAGAACUUUGUACAGUUCUUGUGGCGUCCACGUCCACCCACAUUGCUCGGCGAGGAUAAGCAGAAGGACAUUAAGAAGAACCUUAAGAAGUACUAUCCUAUCUUUGAGCAAAAGGAUCGCUUGCGCCUCACACGCGCCUCCAAGGAGCUGCUCGAGAAGCGCUCCCAGCUGCGUGAAACCUUUAUGGAAUAUCGCAACAAGCGCAUUGCCGAAUGGAAGGAGCAAAAGAGUCGUCGCAUCAUGCUCAGAGGACAUGUUGACACAGAUAAUUUGGAAACCGAUGAGGUCGAUGAGGAGGUUGUUGAAUUUUUAGUCAAGGAAGAAAUAACUUUGCUAGAGUAAACGACCCCCGCUUGGAUUUCUGCCAGCAUCAACGCCGCCUCCUCAGCAGCGUUUACGCCGUCAAGUUGUUGACUCACAGCAUCAAAACGCGUCUACCAGCCGGCGUUACUUAAACGUCGGUUCUUUUUUUAUUAUUUCUAUCAACAAUAUACGUAGCGCGUCUUUAGCAAUAAAAACUAUUCAACAAAAGCGUCAUCAAAUCAA